ACUAUAAUACGUAAGUAUACAUCCGAGAAUACACACUGCUUACAUUAGGCCAUCAGUGGAGGGCAGAAUCGGAUGUGAUGGCAGUAACACCAGCACGUGUGUACCAGAGACUGUUCUAACAUUACGUUUGUUAAUCUCCCACAAUUUCAAAUUUUAAUCGAGCCCCUGAAGAAAGUAUAAUAAUAAUUUUAAUAAAAAUUCCUUAAAAAAUGAAAUUAAAUAAAUUAGUUGUGUAAUAAGUGGAGAUUUUAAUAAUUACCAGUGAUAAGUGCGUUUGUAAAUUUUAAACUGACGUAAUAUGGCAGCUUGUCAUCCGCGUCCACUUCAGCACCUCCAAAUUCAUGAUAGUAGUAUUAAUAAUGUCCAAACUGUUGGAAAUAUCAAUCAUCUUCAGUCGCAUAGUCAAAAUCAUCAAAAUUUACCGGCCCAUUAUUCCCCGCAUCUUUUAAAUUGGGUUUAUUUGGCAAUUGCGGAUCAAAAUCCCCAUAAUGAACAGAGCAAAAUCCUGCCAACAGUAUGGGGAAAUUUUCCAACUGCAUCCCAGCAUCAAAAUUACAUGCAGAAAAGUUCACUGAGCCCUGGAUCAAUUCCCCUCGACAGUAUCGGCGAGCUCGCGGAACAUUUCAACGAGCUGGGCCUUUUAGACAAAAAAUCUACAAAAAGACCUCCCUCGACGUACUUGUGUCACUUGUGCUUCAGAAAAGGACAUUACAUCAAAGACUGUCCUCAGGCUAGACCAAAAGGAGAAGGUUUGACUCCUUACCAAGGAAAGAAACGUUGCUUCGGCGAGUACAAGUGUUCUAAGUGCAAGCGCAAAUGGAUGUCGGGGAACAGUUGGGCAAAUAUGGGCCAAGAGUGCAUAAAGUGCCACAUCAACGUGUAUCCCCACAAGCAGAGACCCUUAGAGAAACCCGACGGCUUGGACGUCUCCGAUCAAAGCAAGGUACAUCCUCAACAUCUCUGCGAGAAGUGCAAAACUCUCGGUUAUUACUGCAGACGCGAUCAAUAGCUAUAAACUUACCUUUUUUUACUAUUUAAAUUACUCAUAAAUUUAUAUCCUUAAUUUGUAACUUUUCGCCGCUUCGGCGUCAUAUUGUUUUUUUAUUCUGACAAUAACUACUGAUUUAUUGUUAAGGGCGCUUUUGAACUGCUCAAUUUUUUUUUUAUUAAUGA